AUGCACUCAACGUCGUCCACCGUCACGGACAGCGCCGAGAUACGGCUCGCCGUGCUCAAAAGAAGGAGCAACAAGAAAGAAUACGCGGCCGCGCCGCACCUGAUAAUUCCACCUUUCUUCUUCAUGAAACCAGAUCUGGGUUGGAUUUCCGGGUUUUACUCGGACUUUCAGACUAGACUCAAGUCUUUCGUCGACGAUGAUCUUGCUAUACCAUCUGAUUCCAAAUACCUUCGUACGACUGACGUCGAUCACCAUAACUCGAAGUUGAACCACCUCUGGUAUGAGAAUUAUUUUGCAAUUGAAUCUACCUCUCUACAAGCUUGCGGUCGACUUCAGGAGGCGAGAACUGGAUCUCGGUUGUGGGGCUUCUCCUUCGUCGUGAUGAUGACUGCCUCUGGAUUGGUCAAUUUUCGCCAUAGCGUGAAAGAUGAGAGAAAAAAUUAA